AUGAAUACGAUCAAUAUUGGUAAUGAACAAAGAUUCAGCUCAUCGUCUGAUUUGAGUCCCGCCACCGGACUCACGCCAAGCGGGACAGCCAAUAACCACGAACUCGAGAGGGGAAUCUUUGCAAAACCAACGAACAAGCCAAGUGGAACAAGCGCAGAAUCAUCCGAAGAAGUAUCUAAAUGGUCAAAACCCUUCAAUCACCUUCCAGACGAACUAGUCAACGAGAUAUUCCUCCACUGCGCCUCCUCGCCGAUUGAGAUUUGCGGCGACCCACCCUGCACUCUAUGGUCCCUUGCACAAGUAAGCCAGCGCUGGCGCACAAUAGCGCUAUCCGAAUCCAACCUCUGGACAUGCAUCACUGCAGACCUAGACGUGCUACCCCGGGCCGUCGUUCAAUCGAACCAGCGCACACACGCAUUGCUCAACUUUUUUCGAGGGUGCCUUCACCGAUCGCGUGACAGGCCUUUGUAUCUACGUGUCAAGGCUUAUCGGCGUCUUCCACCCCUUCUUUUCCCACUAACCGACCUCUGCUUGGCUGAAGCUCAUCGAUGGCAGACGGUGUCGCUUCACUUUUCUGUCAUAAGCAAGCUUCGGCAGAGUCAAGGACAACUUUCCUUGCUAAAGGCUCUCAGCCUGAACUGGCUCGAGUACCGCCCUGCGUUCCCAAUAAACGCUUUUAUAGCCUCCCCUCAGCUCACCCACCUCACCCUCUGCAAACUUCAUCGCCCAUUGGGUUCGUUAAUCCUCCCCUGGAACCAAAUAACACACUUUGAAUCCAUCGUACUGCGGUACGGCGCAGGAGAACUCGACAAAAUCCUAAUGAGCAUGCCUCUCCUCGAAGAGCUCAAGAUGGUCUGCGGGAUGUUAUUAUUCCCAAUGUCGGAUCACAACGCAACCAUCAAACCCAUCUCCCUACCCCACCUCCGCUCAUUACAUGUCUCCGGGUGCGAAGAAGCCCUCGACCAGAUCCUCAUUUCACUCCACACUCCCAGCCUGAAACACUUUGCUCUAAAAAUCACAAACCACUCAUCAAGUCACGGAACGCCUUCCCCAGAUCUGGUCGUCUCGGCUUUUCUAGUCCUGCACCUCAGAUCAAUGUUUACGCUUGACUCUCUAUCCAUCGACGGACUACCCGUUCAGAGUAUAGCCCGGAUCCUCGACCACGUACCGAGCAUCACGCGCCUCUUUGUUCGGAGCCCAGGCGGCAUAGAGCUCUUCCCAACAUACCUCACAUUAAACCGCGACACCACCACAAGCAGACCAUUCUACCAUGAAUGGGGUCCACUGAGCAGCUUCUUCCUAGUGCCCAAUUUACGGGACUUGGUCAUGGAAGAUACGUACACAUACACAGACUCUGCAACGCUCACCUCGUCCGCGGGCGCGUUAUUGAAGAUGGUCAAAUCGCGAUUAGACCCUCAAGCAGACUCCGAGGGUCGCUUGGAAUCGGUCAGCGUGGUGGUCCUUCUUGGCGUUGGGUUGUUCGAUUUUGAUACGUCGGCGUUUUAUGGGUUUGGGGAGGCUCAAGGGGUCAAGAUGAAUGUGGAUGUGAGGCGGAAGGGUCUUCAUCAGCUUUCGGGUAUUGUGCCACGAGACGAGGACAAUUAUUUAUAUCCGGAGAGGCAAGACGGUCACUAA